GUAUUACAUAAAAAAAGUCAAUGACAUAGUUAAGGUAUUUAUUACCCUUCAUACCUGCAAAGCUAUUCGGUUAUUGUGUAUUUAUAUUAUUUUGUAUUAACAUUUACUUUAAGAGGAUAAUGUUAGGUACUAAGUAACAAAAAUAGUUUUGUAUGGUGGUAUCCUGGAAACUGGUGACAUACUAAACGUGCUUGUUCUUGGAAGAUAAGACACAUUUACUAGAGGUUAGAGAGGAGUGCAACGUCAAAGGAAGGAAUACUUAGUAAUAUUUAAAGACACCUACGAUAUGACGGCUAUACAGGUCAAGGAUAUUGGCGGUGCCACUAUUGAUUUUACUGACGUUGGAGGAUUCAUAGCUUCAAAAUUUCUGAAACCACCAAAUGAGACGAAACAACUUUUUGAUAACGCCCCCAACUUCACAUUUCGGGACAAUGAUUUGAUGCUCUGUACAUAUCCCAAAACAGGUACAAAUUGGAUGUUUGAUAUUCUGAUGAUGACUUUGAAUAAAUCGGCAGAACCGAUUAGGCAAAAUAAGCUGAUGACAAUGUUGGAAAACGAAUCUCCCGAGGAUAUCGAUAAACAGCCGUCACCUAGAGUUAUAAACACUCACUAUGCAUACCGAUAUCUGCCUCUAAAGGAUAUGAGAGCUAAGCAGAUAAAGACAGUCUUGUGUUGCCGAAAUCCCAAAGACACCGCAGUAUCCUACUACAAUCAUAUGAAUGGUGUUAAAUACUAUAACUACGAUGGAAAAUGGGCGGACUGGUUGCCAGUUUAUCUAGAAGGGAAAAUGGAAUAUGGGAAAUAUACAGAUUAUCUUCUGGAAUGGGAAAAGGCCAUAAAGGCAGGCGUUGGAUGCCCUCUCCAUGUUGUGUAUUACGAAAACUUAAAACUUAAUUGUGACAAAGAGAUGGACAGGCUGCUAAAGUUUCUUGGUGUAGAAAUGGAAGAUGGACUGAAGCAGCAAAUCAUGAAAAUGUGUGGCUUUGAGAGCAUGGCCGCAAAAGAAAUACCCAAGGAAAUUACUGAUAUCUUUUUCAAAAAGAACUUCCGAAUUUUUAGGAAAGGCCAAGUUGGAGACUGGAAGAAUUGGUUUAGCGACGAACAGAAUGCAAUGUUUGAUGAAAUGUGGGAAAAGGAAAUGAAGGAUUCGACUAUGUUUGAUUUCAUAUAUACUGACCCACGGCCAAGCCAAUGACGUUCAUUCUGUUCAUUAAUUUGACUUGCAUAUCGGUGGUUUAAAGUGGAUGGUGACAAUGACAAAAGAGAAUAUUGACGGAUUUGUGUGUGUUUGCGUUUAUUUACCCUCGCCACCGGGUAUUCCCAUAUAGGCGAGCAUAACUCACAUAAUUAUAUACUAAUAUAUUUUAUUUUUCUCUCUAUUUGUUUCCAUCAUACUGUCAUGUGCCUAAGAUGUGUGCCAUAAUUCUCAAUCUAAAUGCCAGUCAGUAGGCUGGAAGUAGAUUGAGAAUAAGGUGGGAAAAUGUCCCACACGAAAAUUAAAACUAAGAAUUUUGUGUGCUCAUGUUUUGAUACGCUAUAUUAUUAUAUACUUAAGCUUUAUACGGCAAAAAUCUGUGAAUUCCCCAUUUCACUUCAUAUUUGUUAAAAAACUUCAUAUUUAAAACUAGAAUAUUAUAAUCGUGAACUUCUUAAACUAGUAUCUGAAUAAAUAAUUUGUACUACAGAUCAAGUGAACAUAUAAGAUAGUGGCUGUACUCAGAUAACUACAGAGCACUUUCUAUUUUCUCACAUUUGGAGAAACUAUACAAAAUAUUUUUAACCCAUUAGUCCUCAGAAAUAUCUGGGUUUCCUACUAUGUGGCAAGACAAACUUUGAGAAUAAAUAUCAGUAUGUCUGAAGUAUGUCUGACACUUGUAGGGACACGACUUAACGUAUGCUCCAUAUUUUAUGUCAGGUCCCUAAAUCGGCAGUAAACUGUUAAAACCUUAAAUAUCUAGGUAAUUUCUUAUUUGUAUUGUAUGUACAGGAAUAGUAAUAUGUACAAAUAUGGAGACUUAUUAACACAGUAGAAAACCAGUGACUUUAACCCCUUUCCCCAAAAAUAAAUUUUGUUCACAGGAUUUAUAAAACAAAACCUCACAUGUGGUCUAUAAAUAUUAAAAUUUACAUUUAAAAUAUAAACACUUCCGUUUCACGGCUACCUAAUAAGGCCGCUAUUAAAAUAUCAAAACUUUAAAAUAUAUCUUUAUACAGUAUUUACAGUAAAAUUUAGACCACAUGAUAUUGGCUAUAUUAAAACAAUACUUGGCUUUCGCUUUUGCGUCAGACAGAAUCAGUGUAUCGUUGCUGACUAAAUAAUUUUCUCAAAGAUAGUAAUUAUUUGUAUUCUAACGUAUAAUAUAUGUUUUACUUAUUUUUAUUAUCAAAUCUAACUUUCACAACGAUUCUAUUGUAUAAUUAUUAACUAUAGAUAUAAUAUCCUACGUAACAUGAGUUACAUGUAUAUACUAAGAAAAAAAUUGACGUAAAUUUGAGUCAUUACAUUAAAACAAAUUACGGUAAUAUACUUUUUGAGGUGUAUGUGUGUGUAUUCAUAUAUUGUCGUCUUUAAUAUUUCAUCUUGAUGUAAUAAUCCUCAUAUUAAAUUGAAUAUACAUAUUCAGACGGUAUACAAAAUGUA